CGGAUGUAUUUUCUGAAGGUUGUGAUUGGUUAAUACGAAAAUACGGAAUUCCACGUUAAGGCAACUGACACUGAACUGACUGUCGGAACAAUGGAAAAGAUUGUAUGUAAUGUCCAUGGCAGCGUAUGUAUGCUAAAAACGGGCGUAAAGGAAGGACCAAAUAAAGGCAAGAGCUUCUACGUAUGCGUUGACAAGCAAGGCUGUGAUUUCAGUCAGUUGGCCAGUGUCCCACCAUCCCACUGCCUCCAUCAUGAAGACUCAACGGUUGAACUUCAAGCUCUCACCUACAUUCAGCAGCAGCAGUGCUACAGGUUGUUCUACCGCUGUGUUGUGGGGAAAAAAGCAGGCCAGAGGUGGUGUGGAUAUGUGCCUUGGACUUCACCGGAGAAAGAAAAGAGAAACCCUCUGUCAGAUGCACAGCUGCAGCCCUCCUGCCUGCCAACCUCCCGAAACCCUUUUAAGGCUCCCAGCAAGACGGACAAAGACUCUGAGAGGAGAAGGAUGCAGAGUGAUGGAGGUGAUGAGAGAAGCAGUGAGGCGAGUCUCAAGGCUGAGGGAAGAGAAAGUAAUCAGAAAGAAAAUGUGAAGAGCAAAGGUGCAGGAGAGAAAGAUGAGGAGGGGGAGGAGGAGGGGAAGCUGAAUUCAUCUGAUACUUACAGAGGUAAACAACUUCCAGCAGGGAUGAAGGUAAAGAAGAGAGUUUCAGAUGAGGAGAGAAAAAGUCUCAAAACUAACGCUGUGGAAAAGAUGACAGAGAACGUGAAAGACAAGUUUAAAGAGAACCACACUAAAACAAGAGAAGGAGAGAAAACAGAUUCUUCCUCCAGUGUCAAGGCUGCUCAUCCUGAGAGAACACAUCAAACCUCACAGGAUCCUCACAAGGACACAACCCAGAAACCAGCCAAUGGUGAAACCUGUGUGGCGGAACAAACUGUAAAGGAAAGUGUCUCUAAAUCUGCACUGAGUGGUAGCACCAAUGCUUCCAAAGACUCUGAUAACACCUCUAACAAACCAACACAACCCACAGCGUCCAGUCAAUCCAAAAACAACCAGGACAGUGAUGACGACGAUGUAGUGAUGGUGUCUGUGAAACCUGCUGCUCAGAAAACUCCUCCUGCCUCUACUGUCCAGAAGACCCUGACCACCUUCCCUGGCUUCCAGCCAGCAUCUAAGCUCAAACCUCAGCAGGGAGAUCCGCAAGGGCUUCACAGCCUGCUCACUGCUCAGCUCCAACAGAAAAAGGCCACUCUGUCUGUGGUGAAUGUGGCGGCUCUGCCAGAUAAAGGGGAGAGGCUGAGGACUCAGGUCAAAGAGCUGGAGGAUGCACUGGAGUCUCUGAGCCUCACUGCUGCUUCUCAGCCAGAGCCCCAGGUUGGACAGAAAAGCGGUGACGCUAGUGCAGGUAGCAGCCAAGCUAACCCAUUCAGCAGGCAGGGUGGCACCAUCCUGCUCCCGGCCCCUCCUGCCCCGGGGCUCUCCCAGCACCAGGCCUCCAGCAGCUCACUGGGGCUCCAGCUGAGCCAGGGCUACACCCAGAUGUAUGGAGCGAACCCACAGGCCCAGGCUUUUUACGGUGGCAGGAUGACUGAUGACCGUCUGCUGGCGGUGAAAAAUGCCACCUGUGAGGCCAUCGACCAUCUCCACAAAUCCCUGGAGUCCUGCCCUCACCCUGAGGACGAGGCUCCAGACCCCAAAGGCAUCAAGGUAACGCUCCUGGCCCAUCAGAGGAGAGCUUUGGCCUGGCUGCUCUGGAGAGAGGCCCAGAAUCCAUGUGGAGGAAUUUUGGCGGAUGACAUGGGUCUAGGGAAAACGCUGACCAUGAUUGCUCUCAUACUGGCCAAGAAGAAGAAGGCAAAAGAGGAAGAUGAAAAGAAGGAAGAGAAGAAGCUGGAGGGCUGGAUCUCCAAAACUGACUCUAGCCUGGUGGUUUCUAAAGGCACCCUGAUCAUCUGUCCCGCCUCGCUGAUCCACCACUGGAAGAGAGAGAUUGACAGACAUGUGAAGACAGGCAAGCUGACUGUGUACCUGUACCACGGCCCCAACCGCGAGAAAAGUGCCAGAGUGCUGGCAGAUUAUGAUGUGGUGGUGACCACAUACAGUUUGGUCUCUAAAGAGAUCCCAGUCCAGAAGGAGGAGGCUGAGACACCCACCAAAGAUUCUGAUGAUGUGCCACCACGCUCGGCUCCUCUUCUGAGAGUGGCCUGGGCCCGGGUGGUUCUGGAUGAAGGCCAUAACAUCAAGAACCCAAAAGUGCAGACGUCUAUGGCUGUGUGUAAGCUGAGGGCUCGUGCCCGCUGGGCUGUCACUGGCACACCCAUCCAGAACAACCUGCUGGACAUGUACUCACUGCUCAAGUUUCUGCGUUGUUCUCCAUUUGAUGAGUACAAACUUUGGAAAGCUCAGGUGGACAACGGCUCUAAGAGAGGCAGAGAGAGACUCAACCUCCUGACAAGGAGUCUUCUGCUCCGACGGACCAAAAACCAGCUGGACUCCACAGGAAAACCACUGGUGUCUCUUCCUGAUCGGACCAUCGAGGUGCAUCAACUCAAACUGUCCCAGGAUGAACAGGCUGUGUAUGAUGUGGUCUUUGCCCAAUCCAGAUCUACCCUGCAGAACUACCUGAAGAGACAUGAAGGAAAUGAUGUGAGCAAGGGAAACAAAUCCAGUAGUAACCCCUUUGACAAAGUGGCCCAAGAGUUUGGUAUGUCCCAGGCUGACCCUGAUGUGUCGAGUUCCCAGCAGCCCCAACAGGCGUCUAGCACCGUCCACAUCCUGUCUCUGUUGCUGCGCCUCCGACAGUGCUGCUGUCACCUCUCACUCCUUAAGAAGACUCUCGACUCCUCGGAGCUGCAGGGCGAUGGGAUCGUCUUGUCUCUGGAGGAGCAGCUCAACGCUCUGUCACUCUCCUCCAACUCCUCGUCAUCGGGCCCUGACCCCAAAGACACUGUGGCCCUUAAUGGCACCCGCUUCCCCUCAAAGCUGUUUGAGGAAACCAGUGAGAGCAGCAAGAUAUCUGCUAUUAUCUCUGAGCUGAAGGCAAUCAAACAAAGAAGUGAUGAUCAGAAAAGCGUGAUCGUGUCCCAGUGGACCAGCAUGCUCCAAAUUGUUGCAGUUCAUCUGCGGCAGAUGGGCCUGAAAUAUGGUGUUAUUGAUGGGACUGUCAACCCAAAACGCCGCAUGGACCUUGUCGAAGAAUUCAACACUGACUCUCAAGGAAUUCAGGUGAUGCUGGUGUCUCUUUGUGCCGGAGGUGUUGGACUCAAUCUCAUUGGAGGGAAUCACCUCUUUCUCAUAGACUUGCACUGGAACCCGGCCUUGGAGGAUCAGGCAUGUGACAGAAUCUACAGAGUUGGACAAACUAAAGAUGUCACAAUCCACAGGUUUGAGUGUGAAGGCACAGUGGAGGAGAAGAUUUCCACCCUGCAGGUGAAGAAGAAGGAGCUGGCUCAGAAUGUGCUGUCAGGAACAGGAAGCACCUUCACCAAACUCUCUCUGGCAGAUCUCAGAAUCAUUUUUGGUGUCUGAGAUGGGAGAGAACUGAAGACGCUGUGGAGCACUGUCAAGCCCACAGCUACAGCCUUUCAUACAAGUUUUUAAAAUUCAGGUUGUUGGUCUGAAGUAUCUUAUCAGACUGAGGUAAUUAAUGACGUAAAUCUAAGAUAAUGUUACAAUGUAUUUGUGCUGCUUGUUCUAAAGAGGAUUUUCCUCUGUCAUAGUUAUUUUAAUUUCUGGUAGCUUACUCAUUAUUGGAGUGAAGCAAAUAUUUGCCUUUUCCCCUUUUUUUCACCUGAUUAUUUUAUUUUGUUGUAUGUGUGUUCAUGUUUAAAUAAAUGCAGGUAAUAAUUGAAUAUGUAAAUA